CGGGCGGCGGGGCGAAGUACUAGGUGCGCGAGCUCAGGGCCGGUCGGGGUUUUCUGGUGGACUAAGUCUCGGCUCUUUUUCCACCUAGCCGACGCAUCAUGGGGGCUGUGAGCGCCAGGCGCUGCCUGGAGUACGUACUGGGCUUCUAUUUCCUGACCCACAUCCCCAUCACCCUGCUCUUGGACCUGCAGGGGGUGCUGCCGCGCGAACUCUACCCGGUCCAGGUUAGAAAUUUUCUGAAGUGGUAUUGUGCAGAGUUCAAAGACUAUCUGAUGGAGAACAGCCCAGCGUGGUUUACAUCAUUUCUGUUUUGCGAGCUUCUGUUUCAGCUGCCUUUCUUUCCCGUUGCAGCAUAUGCCUUUUUCAAAGGAAGCUGCAGGUGGAUCCGUACCCCCGCCAUCAUCUACUCAGUUCACACCAUGACAACUUUAAUUCCAGUACUCGCCUCCUUUCUACUUGAGGAUUUCUCCAAAGCCAGUCAUUUCAAAGGACGAGGACCUCAGACUUUCAGUGAACGACUCACCCUCAUAAGCAUCUACAUCCCCUACUUACUCAUCCCUCUUACACUUCUGCUCUUCAUGUUGCGGAACCCUUACUACAAUCAUGAGGAUAAAAGAAAGAAAAAAUGAGGAAAUAACCACUGGCCAAGGAAAGAGGUGCCCAGUAAGGCAUCUUUUGGACCCAAUACAGAAAAACUGUUAGGAAUCCAUGGCUUCAAUGGCAUUUGAAAACACUAGCAGCAGUACUCAAGACCAAGGGUCAUGUCCAGUUAGCAGGGAUGGGGGGCUAUGGGCCAGCUUACAGGAAUAUGGUGCUUGAUCCAUUGCAGGAUUAACAGAUGCAGGACCAGACCACAAACUGGGUACCCUUCCAUAAAACACAGCGUGCCUGACAUUUU